AUGUCCUCGUACGGAAAAGUCGACGAGAACAAUCAAGCGAGGCUCGAAGCUCGCCGGAGAACAAGAAAGAGAAUCACAAUCAUCGCCGUGUCAUCCGUCGUCCUCGCAUGCACGGUGAUCGGAAUCAUCGCCGGAACCACCACACACGGCGGGAAAAAAUCCCCGGAAAACAACGCCGGCUCGAUCUCCGCCUCCGUGAAAGCCCUAUGCAACGUGACGUUGUACCAAGAACGGUGUUUUCAGAGCCUUAGCUCGGCCGCAAACUCAAGCAGUCUCAGCCCUGAAGAGCUCUUUACAUUGGCAGUCAAAAUCACAGUCAAAGAGCUCUCCGAGGCAUUGAAGAGAUUCUCCGACGAAAAAUCUGGCGGAAAAGGCGGCAAUUCGACGGCGAUGGCGGCCAUGGGAGCUUGCAGGGAGCUUCUUGAGCUGGCGGUGGAGUAUCUGAACGAGACGGCGGCUUCCUCCUCAUCACACAACGACCUAACGUUACCGGAACUGGUAGAUGAUCUCAGGACAUGGCUUAGCUCCGUCGAAACGUAUCAAGAAACGUGCAUUGAUGCGUUAGAGAAAGCGACGAACGAAGAGAAUCCGAAUUUGAAGAUGUACGGAGAAACCCAUCUGAAGAAUUCUACGGAAUCAGCGAGCAACGCUUUGGCGAUCAUAACGUGGUUAGGGAAGAUUGCUAAGUCCAUGAACCUAAGACGGCGUUUGCUGACAACAAAGGUGGAUUCCGAGGACGAGGAAAUGGCGUUUCUGGGGAGGAGAUUGUUGCAGAGUACGACGGAUUUGAGGAAGAUAGCGAAUAUCGUGGUGGCGAAAGAUGGGUCGGGGAAGUACAAGACGUUAAGCCGGGCAUUAGAGGAUGUGCCCGAGAAGAGCACGAAGAGAACGAUCAUAUACGUGAAGAAGGGAACGUAUGUAGAGAAUGUUAGGGUUGAGAAGAAUAAAUGGAACGUCGUGAUGGUCGGAGACGGACAGGGGAGGACCGUUGUGUCGUUCGGACUCAACUUUGUCGAUGGAACUCCGACGUUCAAAACGGCCACAUUCGCUGUCUUCGGGAAAGGCUUCAUGGCACGAGACAUGAGCUUCCGAAACACUGCCGGUCCGUCCAAGCACCAAGCCGUAGCCCUAAUGGUAUCAGCCGACCUAGCCGCCUUCUACCGGUGCACAAUGGACGCAUACCAAGACACACUCUACGUCCAUGCACAGCGCCAGUUCUACCGCGAAUGCACCGUCCUCGGAACAGUGGAUUUCAUCUUCGGAAACUCAGCCGUGGUCCUGCAGAACUGCUUCAUCCUUCCGCGACGGCCCAUGGACGGUCAGGAAAACACGAUCACGGCUCAAGGAAGAACCGACCCGAAUCAGAACACAGGAAUCUCCAUCCACAACUGUAAAAUCUCGCCGUUUGGAAACCUAAGCGGUGUGCAGACGUUCCUGGGAAGGCCGUGGAAGGAUUUUUCGACGACAGUGUACCUGGAAUCGUUCAUGAAUGAGUUCGUCAAUCCGAAGGGGUGGCUGCCAUGGACGGGAGAUUCGGCUCCGUCGACGAUAUUCUACGGAGAGUACAAGAACUUUGGCGGAGGAGCUUCGACGAGGAAGAGGGUCAAUUGGAAGGGUUUGAGGUUUAUCGGCACGAAGGAAGCGAAUAGGUUUAGCGUGAGAACGUUCGUCCAAGGACCAAAGUGGCUGCCUGCUUCUGGUGUUCCUUUCAAGUCUGCUGUCUGAUUCUCGAGUGUGUUUUCUUUAAUUAACUGUGGUAGUUUGGAUU